CGCCUACCAUUAUGGCGCUUCCGCACUGGACGGUGUAUUUACUGUGUAUUGCUUCGAUAUGUGGAGGUGUUUACAUCUGUCGUGUGUUUAAAUGUGCCAGAAAAAGUUCAUGGAAAAAUAGUCUGCUCGCUAGAUUGAUGGCUCGCACAGAGAAACCACUGUUUUGGAUAGCGUACUCUCUGUAUACAAGGACCAAACUGGGGUACAUGUUUCAUAAGAGGCAGAUGAGGAAAGCACGGGAGCGUUACCCAACCGGACACUCCCGAGCGCAACCCACUAUCAUAAACGGCAUCAAGAUAAUACCAGUGCCCAUCUUAUCAGACAACUACAGCUAUGUGGUCAUUGACACUGCCUCAAAUCUGGCUGUCGUGGUGGACCCCGCUGACCCCCAGCCUGUUCAGGCAUGCCUAGAGGAAGAGGGGGUGACAUUACAAGCUGUUCUCUGCACACACAAACACUGGGACCACAGUGGAGGGAACAGGGCUUUAAAGAGACGCUACAGUUCCUGUCAAGUGUAUGGGAAUGCUAUGGACAACAUUCCAGGCCUCACACACCCCCUGUCAGACAAAGACACUAUAGAUUUGGGAACUCGGCUGCACUUCAGGGCCUUUUUCACACCUGGACACACAGUGGGUCAUGUGAUCUACCUGCUUGAUGGCCGGGCGAUCGGUGGCCCCAGCAGCUUAUUUUCAGGGGAUCUUGUGUUCCUCUCUGGAUGUGGGAGAAUGUUUGAGGGUAAUGCCUCAACUAUGUUGUCAUCUCUAGACACAGUGGGAUCACUAAACGAUGACACCCUGCUUUGGCCUGGGCACGAGUAUGCAGAAGAUAACCUGCUGUUUGCUGCUGAGGUGGAGCCUUGCAAUGUUGUGCGGGACCAGAAGUUACAGUGGGUGCUUCAACAGAGGGGUCAGAGAUUGUGCACGUGUCCAUCCACUUUGGCAGAGGAGAAGCAGUACAAUCCCUUCCUGCGGAGCCACAGCCAGGAUCUCCACUGUGCUCUCGGCCUACAGCAAAAGCCAGACGAGGACUGGACUUCAUACCGGGCCCGUGUUUUAGAGGAGCUUCGUAGACGAAAGGACAUUUAUAAGGGCCGAUAAAGCCUUGUUUCAUAGAGCUGUUCAGCAGUGAUGUCAAUUUGCAGCAAUGGGUUCUCUUAGGAAUCUCCAAUGGGUUUUAAUAAUGGGUUUUUUUCAAUUUAUGAGUAAAAUAAGGUCUGUAGUAAAACAUACUUUGUUUUUUUUCCCCAAUUUGGAAUGCCCAAUUCCCAGAGUGCUCUUAAGUACGUGUGGUGAAGUGACUCGCCUCAAUCCAGGUGGCGGAGGACGAAUCUCAGUUGCCUCCCAGUCUGAGACCGUCAGACGUGCCUGACUAAAUGGAAAACCAUAGUGGUUCUUAUCUAGAAACUUUUUAGCAACAUACAUUCUAACAUGGUGGCUUUAAAAUUCACAUUUGGGAUAUGCUUGUUUAUAAUUUAUGUUGUAGAACAAAACAUCCAAGUAUCUUAAAGUAAUGUUUACCAUUUCAUUUGGUUAAUAAAUUCAUAAUGUGUGAUUAUAAAAACCCAUAGGAAAAUCCUGAGGGAACCCAUGGCUCGAAAAUGUUAAUUCUCUUCCUUGUUUUGUACUACAACCUGAGCUGCUCUGUUGGGAUUUGGAGGGAGAAACCACUAAAACCAUUCCAAGCUAAACAUGAGGUUUUCCCUGCACAAAAGUGUGUUGGACCACUUUAAGAUGAAAGCGCCAAUGUGAAUUUGAACGGUUUGUGUGAGAGUAAAAUGCAUAGAAAGGUAGAUUUGGGCAUUAUUUUUUUAUUUAUUUUUUACUUUAAAGUUUUGUGAGACUGUGAGCGGCAUUGUCUGAAAUGUAACAUUUAUUUGAAGUUUAAUAACAUUUAACAGCGCUUGUUUCUGACCCUUGACCCUUUGUGUUGGAGAUCCCACAUUUUAAAUGACUAACUUUUAGAAUACUUAUGGUACCCGAAGCACUGAUAUUUAUGAUAGUUUUGUGAUAAAACAAACCCAUGAA